GCAUUUUAGAUUUUUUAUCGGCUCAAAAAACAGUCCAGGCCUUUGCCUUUUACUCCUCAAAGCUACAACCUGGCAUUUGUAUUCCAAACAGAGCGAUCUCUGUGUUCGGGCUCUUCUUUGAUGGAACUUUCCAUCGCAAAUAACUGCCAGUUAUACAAAACACUGAACCAGUGUACAUAACAUCGGGGAGUUUAGCUCAUCGUCUGGUCGUGUCAGUUUAAUAAGCAACUCAUCCGCCGUACAACCAGACGUACAAAUCACAUUCUGCUUCUGAUGUCCACCGGAAAAUGGAAGCAAGAGAAGAACUAGAUAUGGAUGUAAUGGCACCUCUCAUUGAAGGAGCAGGAUGUAGUUCUGAAGAGAUUUCGGAUGAUGACCAGGAUUUUGAAUUGCUCCCUGUGCAGAGACAUUACGAGCUUGCUGGUAAUCGCCAGGGCACUACGUUUUCACAAACCCUGAUCCAUCUGUUAAAGGGAAACAUUGGCACCGGUCUCCUCAGCCUUCCUCUCGCAAUAAAGAAUGCAGGGAUUGUGGUGGGACCAAUAAGCCUUAUUCUGAUGGGAGUUGUAGCUGUUCACUGCAUGCAUAUUCUAGUCCGGUGCAGCCAUUGUCUUUGUGAGAGAUUGAAAAGACCUUCGUUAGGGUACAGCGACACUGUUGCUUUUGCAAUGGAGCAGAGCUCUUUGAAGUGCCUUAAAAAGGGCGCCACUUUUGGAAGGCACUUAGUCAAUUUCUUUCUUGUGAUAACGCAGCUUGGAUUCUGCUGUGUGUAUUUUCUGUUCCUGGCAGAGAAUGUAAAACAGGUUGUUGAGGCCUUAUUGAGGAACAGUACUGAGACCACUGUCUCUCCUGGAAACGACUCCACUGCUGUAAUACUGGACAGCUGGGAGAUGGAUCUGCGAGGGUACAUGCUCUGCUUCCUACCAUUCAUGAUCCUCCUGGUGUUCAUCCAGGACCUAAAGAACCUGGCAGUGCUGUCAUUCCUGGCCAACAUCUCCAUGGCUGUCAGUCUUGUUAUCAUCUACCAGUAUAUCUUACAAGAUAUGGGAGAUCCUGGAAGACUGCCUCUAGUGGCGGCUUGGAAGAAGUUCCCGCUCUUUUUUGGAACAGCAAUAUUUGCCUUUGAAGGAAUAGGGGUGGUUCUUCCUUUGGAAAACAAAAUGAAAGAAACCAAACGAUUCCCACACGCACUCAACAUUGGAAUGGGAGUUGUCACGUUUUUGUAUAUCUCCCUGUCCAUUUUGGGAUACCUACAUUUCGGCGAUCACAUUAAAGGCAGUAUUACACUAAACUUGCCCCAUGAUGUAUGGAUUUACCAGAUGGUGAAAAUUCUCUACUCCUUUGGGAUUUUUGUGACCUACUCAAUCCAAUUUUAUGUUCCAGCCGAGAUAAUCCUCCCAGCUCUCAAAUCCAGCGUGAGGGAAAGGUGGAGACUGCCUUGCGAGUUUGCUUUGCGAGCCCUGCUGGUCUGCUUAACCUGUGAGUAA